AUUUACUUAAGUUACUUGGGAAUUAUGUUACCUGUAGAAAAGUUGAAUGCGAGAACAAUAGGUCUACCAGUCUAAGCAAGGAAUGAUAACUAUAUCUGUUUCUUUAUAAUGCUCUUUUCAUUACUACAUUUGGUAAAAUUCAUUUCACAAUGGCUGUAGUCUGGAUUUAUCGGUCAGUGUGCUGUUACGCUCACUCCAGAGAUAAUAAUUUUCAUUUGACAUCACAAAAUAACCGCCUUAAUUUUAUUUCACAGUCUGAAAUGUACAUUGCUUUGGCAUCUGUAACAUCCAGUAUAGUAUGCUUUGUUGUAAUAAAGCUACAACUAGUGAUUUUUCAUGUGAAGUAAUUUUACUGGAUGAUACCGUUUUGCCAUUCCGAAGUAACAUUCAUUUUAAGGAAAGCAAUAAGACACAAGGAAUAUUUGAUGCUGUAUGCGACCAUUUAAACUUAGCCGAAAGGGAUUACUUUGGAUUGCGGUAUAAAGAUAAAACAUUUCAAACCCACUGGUUGGAUUUAUACAGAAGAUUUCGUGAUCAUGAGGGAUUUAUUGAGGGUGAAAAUCCUCAUAAACUCCAUUUUGGGGUCAAGUUUUAUGUUGCUGACCCCACAAGUUUAAGAGAAGAGAUAACUCGCUAUCAGUUUUUCCUGCAACUAAAACAGGAUGUGUUAUCUGGAAGACUGCCAUGUGACUUCAAAAAAGGUGCCGAACUUGCUGCUUUGGUUCUGCAGUCUGAACUGGGUGAUUAUCAAAAUCAAGACCAUGCUCCUGGUUAUGCUUCGGAGUUUCGAUUCAUUCCAAAUCAAGAUGAAGAAUUUGAAAAUGUUGUCGAACAACUGCAUAAAGGAUACUCAGGACUUGUACCAUCUGAAGCAGAACUUAUGUAUUUGCGUAAAUGUAAACAACUCGAUAUGUAUGGACUUGAUAUUCACAAUGUUAAAGAUGAGUUUGGAACUGAUUAUAUUAUCGGUUUGUCAGCUAGGGGUGUUGAAGUACGGAAGUAUAAACGAAAAGUUCGGAUUCACUACUGGCCUUUGAUAAAUCAUAUAGAGUUCAAGGAUAAACAGUUCAAAAUUCAUGUAAAAAAUAAAAAUUGUGAUGAUUCUGUUUAUUUAUUUAUCACUCCUUCGCGACCGGCCAGCAAAUAUCUCUGGAAAAGAUCAAUCGAACAGCAUGCUUUCUUCCGACUUGUUCAAAGUGACAAUGCAGUAUCUUCUACAUCUCUUCUAGGGAAAAAAUUUAGGUAUAGUGGUCGUACUGAGGCCGAGAUGCUUCAUUCUCAAACUGAUCGAGAGGAACCUGAAGUCUUGAGAAACAGGAGCAAAAGGUAUCCAAGUCGUUCAUCAAUAAAUACACAAGAAAACUAUAGAAUAUCAAUGAAUCCAAAGAGAACAGAAAAUGGUUACACAUCCAAAUCAACAUCUCAAAGUGAAGUUUUUAAAACAGUGGGUUUGAAUGGAGAUCAAAGAAGCAUUAGUGAUGAAAAUUUACUCGAAAGGAAAGGUAUGUUUGGAACGACAACAGAAGGAGGAAUUAGCAACAAUUACAUAACUCCUAAAAGUGAAAGAAGGGAGCGAAACAGACACUUACAAUCGCUGAGUGACUCUGAGAACAAACACCGUAAGACAAGAUCAAGGCAUGGAAAAUCUAGUGGAGAAGAGUCUGAUGGGCCAAGCCGCCGAAGGAUACGAUCGAGAAAUCGCAACAGGGGUGAUAACAGUGGAAGUGAAGGUGAGGGUGUAAGAAGAAGACGCAGAAGGGCAUAUCAUACCGACACAGAAAUGUUAGAUAUGAAUUUGAAUCGGACUGACGAUAUUAAUGCACAAUUGAAUGUAGUCAAUGGAGUUCGUGAAAGGACUGGUGCUAAAACAGAUGGGGUAAGGUCAGAUGAUGGUAAAUCUGAUACUAGAUCUAAUCAUAGCAGGCACAAAAGAACAAGAAAGAAAAUGAAUCGAUUAUCAAGAGAAGAUGCAACUGCACAGCAUAUACUUUGGAAACAUAUUCAAAAAGAACAAGAAGAUCCGAGUAACUAUACAGAAGAACAGCUUCAGGAUAUUCCUUACACAGAAAUUAAAACUGAAGGCAACCCUUUGCCGUUAAAGCUCCGUCGCCAUAGUCGAGGACACAGUUCACCUGGUAAUCGUAGAAGCUCAUCGAAGUCUUCAAGCAUGAAUGGAAGGCCAAAAAGGGAAAGUUCUACAACAAUUGGAGAUGGUCUUGUGUCCCCACUUCCAGUGACAACAACAGUAGCAAGGGAUAAGUUAGCAGUCGGAGCUAAACAACAGUCAUCUCAUCAACAUGGAGGUAGGCACAAGACUAGAAGAUCUCCACCUGAUCCUAUGCAUGAUUGGGAUACUGAAGCAAGGCGUUAUAGUGCACAAAAAAGUUCUUCGAGAUCGAAACAUAAUUCUCCGAAUACAGAAACCCCACGAUCCGUGAAACUCAGUGGACUGGAUUUAACUGCCUCCACACAGGUUUAGGAAUUUUGAUUAAUGCUUGAUAUCAUUGUUGAUUUAUAUCUUCUAAUAUGGUAUAAGUUUUACCUAAGGCUUGCUAAGAAUUCAUAUAUUAUUAUUUUGAUAAAUGCAUGUAUUACAAUUUGAUUCAAAUAAUUUUCUACUCAU